UUCGACUCCAAACUUCCAUGGGCGAGAGACAAGGGCUCCUAAUUAUUUGGCCCAAGUCCAGUAGGCAGUAGGCAGCGUGAUAUCGAGAGGUGCUUCUUCUGCAUCGCGCUCUACCUUUCCCGCCAAAGCCCAAACAAUUGAUGUCUUUUCCACUUCUUCUUUGAAUAGAUUUGAUAGAUACUACACUACACAGAGGCUACAGGUUAUCCUUCCGUAUCUCCUACGCUUAUACGUCUAUAUCGAGCUAAAGGUCUACCCUUUUCUGUUUAUUAGGUGUUUGCAGCUCUCUAACAUGGAGGAAGAGAAAGAUGCUUUUUACGUUGUAAGGAAAGGUGAUGUUGUUGGCAUAUAUAAGAACUUAAAGGACUGCCAAGCUCAAGCUGGAUCUUCUGUGUGCAAUCCUUCUGUUAGUGUGUUCAAGGGGUAUGGUUUGCCUAAGGAAGCUGAGGAGUAUCUAGUCUCUCAAGGGCUUAAGAAUGCUACCUAUUCUAUCUAUGCUACUGAUGUUCAAAGUGAUCUUUUUGGAAAACUUGUUCCUUGCCCUUUUCAGCAACCAGCUUCUUCUGGAGGAAAAGCAGUGCACAAGGUUUCUCAGCCAAAGAGAUUUCAAGAAGUGCGGGGUUCAGUGGAAGUGAUUGGAUCAGCUUCAAUUUCAACAACUCCUCAGAAAUUGCAUCUGAAAUUUGAUAAUCAUCUUGAAACUAAAGUGAUGUCUUCUAUUUGUUCCUCCUGCAUUCUUGCGUUUGAUGGUGCUUCAAAAGGAAAUCCUGGCCCAGCUGGUGCUGGAGCUGUUUUGCAUGCUGAAGAUGGAAGCAUGGUCUGUCGACUUCGUGAGGGAUUGGGCACUGCAACAAAUAAUGUUGCUGAAUAUCGAGCUGUCAUUUUAGGACUGAAGCAUGCACUUAGGAAAGGGUUCAAACAUAUUCGUGUCCGAGGAGACUCAAAUCUUGUCUGCAUGCAGAUUCAGGGUCUAUGGAAAAUCAAAAACCAGAAUCUGGCUGGCUUGUGUAAAGAGGCUAAUGAGCUCAAGAAUAAAUUUAUAUCAUUUCAUAUUGAACAUGUUCUCAGGGAGUUGAACUCUGAAGCUGAUACGCAAGCAAACCUGGCUGUUAAUCUCAAGGAUGGGCAAAUUGAGGAGGAUUGCGCCAGAAAGUAACUUGAAUCUUAGGAGCCAGCUGAGACAUAUAUUGCUAAAUUGUAGAUAGUAAUAUCAGUGCUGUAGAUUUUGAAACUUAGUGGUUUGGAAUAGAAUCUUUUGAUUACUCAGUAACUGAAAAUGAAGUAUAUUUAGAUCAGCUAAACUGCCCUGAGCAUGGAAGAAGACAUUCUGGUGACGAUUUAUAGUAGUAGACAUAAUUUCACUUGUCUGCAUGCACGGUUAUGUAUCGAAUGAUGAAACUAUGAAUACCAUAUCAGAUGGAACGUUAAGUGGCAA